AUGCGCCUCAACCCACAAAAGUGUAUUUUGGCUGUUGGUGGAGGAAAGUUUUUGGGUUUCAUGGUCAGUGAAAGAGACAUUGAAGCUAACCCAGAAAAAAUACAAGCCAUACUUGACAUGACGGUCCCGAGGACCCUGAACGAGGAGAAUGUGGCAUGGGGCCCUGAACACGACGAUGCCUUCAACAAUAUCAAGGCCUACCUUGUAGUAGUCCCUCUUCUCUCCAAGCAUGUCCAGGGAGAAGUACUUUACUUGUAUUUGGCUGUUUCCGCCACGACCAUCAACGCUGCUCUCACACGCCAUGAACAUGACAAUCAACUCCCUGUAUAUUACUGUGGCAGAGGGUUCACGGAUCCCGAGACCCGCUACCCUGACAUUGAGAAACUAGCCCUAGCCCUCAUCACUGUAGCAAGAAAACUCAGACAAUACUUCCAAGCUCACACCAACCAUGUCCUAACCAAUCACCCUUUGCGGCAAAUACUCCAAAAGCCUGAAACGUCAGGGAGCAUGGUAAAAUGGGCAAUUGAAUUGGGGGAAUUUGACCUACAUUUCAAACCAAGAACAGCCAUAAAAGGGCUCAGUGGAGCAGGGAUAAUAAUCACAGACCUAGAGGGGAAUUCGUAUGAGUAUGCUCUCCGGUUUGAAUUCAAAGCAUCCAACAACAUAGCUGAAUACAAGGUUCUCAUAGCCGGCAUUCAACUCUGUCGAGAACUCGGUGCCCUGCAUAUCCACAUAUUCAGUGAUUCUCAGCUUGUGGUCAAUCAAGUGGCAGGAGACUUCAAGGCCAACCAGAAUAACAUGGGAUCCUACAAAAGUCUAGCUGGCGCCCUCUUGCAACACUUCACAUCUUACAAACUCACACAAAUCCCAAGGGCCAAAAACUCCAAGGCAGAUGCUCUCGCGAGACUCACCACAACCCUUCCCGAGUCAACGCCACCAGAUGUGCACAUAGAAAUCUUGGACAAACCUAGUAUCUCGAAGGCUUAUUCAGAAAUCUUUGUUCUCGAAGCGCCUAGCCAGCCCUCGUGGAUGGACCCAUUUGUGGCCUUCAUUUCUAAUGGUACCUUGCCCGGAGACAAACAAGAGGCACAACGGUUGCGCCACAAAGCUUCACUCUACCUGCUUAGAGGCGGAAAGCUAUACCGCCGUGGUCAGUCGUGUUCGUUUUUGAAAUGCUUACCUACAGAAGAAGGGCACAAAGUGUUGAAAUCACUCCAUAGUGGUGUCUGUGGAAACCAUGCGGGAGCUCGGAACCUCAUGUUCAAAGCACUAAAAGCUGGAUACUCUUGGCCAACCUUAGAACAAGAUGCAAAGGCAGUUGUCCAAGCAUGCAUUCAAUGCCACAAAUUUGCAAAUUUUGCCCACCAUCCUCCAGUUCCGCUAUCUAUCAUCAUUUCCCUAGUCUCUUUCAGUCAGUGGGGACUCGACUUCGUGGGACGGUUACCCAUAGCCUCGGGACAACUCAAAUUUGCAAUUGUCAUUGUGGACUAUAACACGAAGUGGAUAGAGGCAGAACCCCUUGCCACGAUCACAACUUAA